UAAAUAGCCUUAACAUCCGGUUGGGGUAGGGUAUACAAAAUAGUUAUCCUGUUUAAAACGACUGUUAUAACUGAUAAAUCCUACAAGUAAGGCUCGAAUUGAGUAGGCGCAUGAAUGACUAACUCCUUCCAUGACUAUGCAUCUACCGUUAUUACAGGGGCCAUAGUAUGCGUAACUGUAACUAAGUGCUUUUUUCCUUCCGUCUGAUCUUGUCGAUAGAGAUAUUUACAGGAAAUCGAUUAAUAAUCAAGAAGUCUUGAUCUUUAGCUAUGUCAUGUGACUUUCAUGCUGACUAAUACUCUUUAUCACCCCCACUACCCCACUAUCUCUCAUCUGGGAUCAAAACAUCCAACAAAAACAACCUCAACUUCCGGCUUUCAUCUUCAUUUAACCCAAUACACCUCUAGCCAGCUCAUACGGAUCAUUCACGAUGGGACCACCGGCAAUUAUAGCUCCCUCAAUUCUCUCUGCCGACUUUGGCUCUCUCGGUGCAGCAUGCUCCGGGUUAAUGGACAAUGACAGCGACUGGAUCCACGUUGAUAUCAUGGACGGUCAUUUCGUGCCGAACAUCACCUUCGGACCUCCGGUUGUCUCAAAGAUAAGAACUCAUGUCCAAAGGCCGACCUGCGCAGGCGGAAAGGGAACAUUUGACUGCCAUAUGAUGAUUGCUGAGCCUCAAAAAUGGGUUAAAGAAUUCAAAGACGCCGGGUGUGACCUGUACUGCUUCCAUUACGAGGCGGCUGUCGAGUCCACUGCUGCCAAGGAGCCUUCGGAUAACACGACGACCGAAAAAACAAACCCAAAGGAGCUAAUUCGUUAUAUACAUGAACUAGGCAUGCAGGCAGGCAUUGCCAUUAAACCAGAGACCAGUGUAGAUGUGCUCUGGAAUAUAUUAGAAAACAAAGAAACAAUUGAACGACCAGAUAUGGUACUCGUUAUGACAGUUAACCCAGGCUUCGGCGGCCAAAAGUUCAUGGCUUCCGAGUUACCCAAGGUCCAGGCCUUGAGAGCCAAAUACCCCGACAUGAACAUCGAGGUCGAUGGUGGACUGGGCAUUGGAACCAUAGACCAGGCGGCUGAUGCGGGUGCUAAUGUCAUCGUCGCUGGAUCUGCCGUUUUUGGAGCCCAGAACCCGGCUGAAGUUAUUGCAAAACUUCGAGAGGCGGUUGAAAAACGAAGACGAUCUUAGAGGAUCUUUUGACAUGCUAGCAUGUCUCGCAGGCGAGGUUGCAAAUUUCCCUGGCAUUAUAACCAUGAUUUUUGCAAUGCACCCUACGCCGGUUAGCGUAGAUCAUAUCCCCCACCGUGACGAUUUAUUGAUCCCAGCGUUAUGCAACAAAGAUAUGGCGAUAUCCACAUGGAUAGCUAACUUAUCUGGUCAUCAUUCGCUCUAAACACCGUGUAUAUACCUGCAACACGCCAUAUAUGCAAUUACUUUCUAAUAUCUAUUGCAUAUUAACUGCACAUCACUUGGGGGCCACAAAUUUUAUACAGCAAUUAAAGCCAGGAAAAGCCGCUAUAUACCACAUUUUCAACAUUAUAUGAGUCUAGCUAGUAGGCUACCAUACUCGAUUCGGCAAAUGAUAGAUAGCCUUCUCCGGUUCUCCUGUUGAGGUAGCCUGUUGAACUUUGGGUAACUGGUGCUCAAUGCUUAUGCAGGCAUGGUUUGCUGAACCCUGCACGAUGUUUCAGGAGAUUUAUGCCAUCUUUUUAUGCGCACCCCUAUUUACAUCCGGCAAACAGUCACCAGAUAUAUCGCCCUUAGGGACAUUCAGCCACAUUCGAUUCCCUCGGAUAACUGCAGACGUAAGUCUCCAGACCCUCCAGAAUCAGAAACCUCCACUAUCUGGGCCACUCCUUCAUGCGCUUCUCCGGGCGUCGUCAUGAGGUCUGACGAAGCAAAACCAACUGUCCAUGAGAUGGCGGAGGGUCCACACAAUUUUCAAAGCUUGUUGGUUCUCGUAUCUCUGCCCACGAUCCUCCAUUAAUCAACCUCUUACACGAGAAUCUAGAAACUAACGUUUAGAACAUUCCCGCUAAGGUAUUAUUUGCUAACUUCCCCAGCCUCGUGGCC